GCUGAAGUGGCGUCUCUGAACCGCCGCAUCCAGCUGGUAGAGGAGGAGUUAGACCGAGCCCAGGAGCGCCUCGCCACGGCUCUGCAGAAGCUGGAGGAGGCGGAGAAGGCGGCAGAUGAAAGCGAAAGAGGCAUGAAAGUGAUUGAGAACAGAGCUCUGAAGGAUGAGGAGAAGAUGGAGCUGCAGGAGAUCCAGCUGAAGGAAGCCAAGCACAUUGCGGAGGAGGCCGACAGGAAGUACGAGGAGGUUGCUCGGAAGCUGGUGAUCAUUGAAGGAGAUCUGGAGCGUACUGAGGAGAGAGCUGAGCUUGCCGAGUCUAAAUGUUCCGAGCUGGAAGAAGAGCUGAAGAAUGUCACCAACAAUCUCAAGUCUCUUGAGGCUCAGGCUGAGAAGUACUCCCAAAAAGAGGAUAAAUACGAAGAAGAGAUCAAGAUCCUGACUGAUAAACUCAAAGAGGCGGAGACCCGUGCCGAGUUUGCCGAACGGUCUGUAGCCAAGCUGGAGAAGACCAUUGAUGAUCUGGAAGAUGAGCUCUAUGCCCAGAAACUGAAGUACAAAGCAAUUAGUGAGGAGCUGGACCACGCCCUGAAUGACAUGACUUCCAUUGCCCGAAGAGCCCUUCGCGAUCAGAGUUUUGAUGAAAUGAGACACCUCCCGUGGUUUCCUCAGCCUCUCUGUCCCGUGUCCCAGCCUGUGGAUGUCUUCAGUGACAUGGGUGGGCUCACCUUUGGAGUGAGGCGUACCUAGAGCGCUAGUUGCUGAGCUGAGCUCUCCUCCUGGCUUAAGGAACAUAUAAACUGAAAUCCACCAAAGAGGAGCAUCUCUGCACGCAAAGAAUGCUGGACCAGACCCUGCUAGACCUGAACGAGAUGUAACGGAUCCCUGCCACUGCCUCUGCCACACGAUGCCCGGGGGGGCCGCCCAGCCGCCGCUGGCCUGUCACCCUGGGGGACCAGAGUUUACUUUCUGUUGCCAACUUGACCAAACACAAGUCUUAUUCCUUUGCCUCAGGGUUAGAGGCCAUCAGGUUGGGCAGAGCUUCAAACAGCGUUAUUAAGGGAAAUAAACAAUGCAAUAAUGU